AUGAAGGUCCUCUCCCUCCUCGCCGCCGCCUCCGCGGCCUCAGCCCACACCAUCUUCGUCCAGCUCGAGGCCGGUGGUACCACCUACCCCGUCUCCCACGGCAUCCGGACCCCAUCCUACGAUGGUCCCAUCACCGACGUGACCUCCAACGACCUUGCCUGCAACGGCGGCCCCAACCCCACCACUCCCUCCGAUAAGAUCAUGACUGUCAACGCCGGCAGCACCGUCAAGGCCAUCUGGAGACACACUCUCACCUCCGGACCCAGCGAUGUCAUGGACGCCAGCCACAAGGGUCCUACCCUUGCUUACCUCAAGAAGGUCGACAACGCCCUGACUGACAGUGGCAUCGGCGGUGGAUGGUUCAAGAUCCAAGAAGACGGCUACAACAACGGGCAAUGGGGUACCAGCACCGUCAUCACCAACGGUGGUUUCCAUUACAUUGACAUCCCCGCCUGCAUCACCAACGGGCAAUACCUCCUCCGAGCCGAGAUGAUCGCUCUGCACGCCGCGUCCUCCACCGCCGGGGCCCAGUUAUACAUGGAAUGCGCUCAAAUUAACAUCGUCGGCGGCACCGGCACCGCCUCGCCCUCCACUUACUCGAUCCCAGGUAUCUACAAGGCCAACGACCCCGGCCUUCUGGUCAACAUUUACUCCAUGGGCACGUCAAGUGCUUACACCAUCCCCGGCCCGGCCAAGUUCACUUGCUCUGGUUCUGGAAACGGCGGUGGAAGCCCGGCUCCGGGUACCACCACUACUGCUAAGCCGGUUGUCAGCAGCACAACCACCAGCAAGGCCGCCGCUACUACCAGCAGCACGACCCUGAAGACCAGUGUGGUUCCUUCGCAGCCGACCGGUUGCACGGCGGCGCAGUGGGCGCAGUGCGGCGGUGUUGGAUUUAGCGGGUGCACGACUUGUGCGAGCCCGUAUACUUGCAAGAAGCAGAAUGAUUAUUAUUCGCAGUGCUCAUAA